UUUAAUAGAUCAACGUAGAAGUAGCAAGCGAUACGCGAUAAUCAUCUAGAAUGUCUCUGAAAUUGUCUUGCUCUGUCUUUGUGCUGGCCCUCGUCCUGGUUGCGUGCAGUGCCCAGCGCCAAUAUAAUCCCUAUCUGAACAACCCAUACUAUCGGGAUCUGUACUACAAGAACCGCGACUUGUAUAAUCAGCGUCGCUACUACGACAACUUCUACAAGAAGUACAAUCCCUUCAUUGCCAAUGCUCUCGCUCGCACCGUGGAUCAAUCGAAUUACCCCAAUACCGGAUCGGGAGCGUAUUCCUACAGCUACGAGACCGAGAACGGAUUGCACGGCGAGGAGAAGGGCACACCUGUCUACAUUGGCAACGGUCAGCAGGAGGAACAGGUCGAGGGUGCUUACUCCUACAUCUCGCCCGAAGGUCUUCGCGUUGGUGUCAAGUAUCUGGCAGAUGCCAAUGGCUUCCGUCCAGUGAUUACCUAUGAUGGCCCCAACUCAGCUUUCUACGCCAAUCAGCCUGCUCCAGCUAAUGUGGUCCUUACAAGGCAUUAAAUCGAGCUAGUCAUUGAACUUAAAAGUAAUGUA